UGUCGCAGUUUCGCCCAGUCUCGAUAUAUAGCACAGAUAUACAUAUAUAUAGAGUCCAUAUAUAUAUAUAGCAUAGUAGAGUAUAGUAUAUAUAGUGCCUGUAGAUCUUGCACCUGCCCGCGCUACGCGUAGUGCGUGCAACCGAAGGCAGGACGUGCGGUGUGCCACACGAAUUUCUUGUGUUAAAUUUUAACCUCGAGCCGAAACGUUUACAAGUUAGUUUUGCAAGUUAGUUGGAUCGGCCAAAUUGCUGGACGUACACAACGUGCCGCCGAGGCAUGCGAAUCAGUGUGCAAAAGUUAUCAAAAUUCAAAUUAUCAAAUUGCAGAGCCGCGGCCCACAACCAUCACAGUUAACAGCAGCGCAGCAGGGCCCCCUUAGGGGCGCCUCGGAUACACAACAGGAACAGGAAGUCAAAGCCGAGCGAAAGUAACCCCAAAAAAGAAGCUUGAGCCAUGGAGCAAUUCGAACAGUUGUUGACGUGCUGCGUGUGCCUGGACAGGUAUCGCAUACCGAAGCUGCUGCCAUGCCAGCACUCUUUCUGCAUGGAGCCCUGCAUGGAGGGCCUGGUCGACUAUGUGCGCCGUCAGGUCAAAUGUCCCGAGUGUCGUGCCGAACAUCGUAUACCCUACAAUGGCGUCCAGGCAUUUCCCACGAAUGUCACGCUGCAGCGUUUUCUGGAGCUGCACAUCGAAAUUACAGGCGAACUGCCCGAUCCCACCUCAGGUCAAAUAAUGGAGCGCUGCGGCGUUUGCUCCGAGAAAGCCUAUCUAUCCCACUGUGCCCACUGCGAGAAGAAGAUCUGCGAGGACUGCAAGAGCGCACACAUGGACAUUUUGCGACGCGAGAUAACCCGCUUCAACUCACAGAUUCGUCGCAGCUUGCAUAGACUGCAGGACUCGCUGGCCAUCAUCGAGAAGAACACGACCAGCCUGCAGACGAACGCGGUUAGCGUGACGGAAGAGAUCGAUGAGAUCUAUCGGCGCAUAACCAAGGCCAUUAAGGACAGAUCGGAUGGCUUGAAGGGCGAAAUUGAUCGCUAUUUGGCCGUGGAGCUGCGCAAUCUGACAACGCUCAAGGAGAAUCUGGACUUGGAGAUCACGAACAUUAACAGCAACUGCGACAUUGUCGACAAGUACAUGAACGAGACCGUCGAAUGGGAUGACUGCGAACUGAUGGACACCAAGGAGAUCUUCCUGAAGACCGUCGAGUUUCUGCGCCACUUUGAGUACGAGAACAACGAUUACAGUCGCCGUGUGCGCUUCCUCGUCUCCAUAGAUCCCAAUCAGCUGGUAAUGAAUCUGGCCACAUUUGGAGAUUUGAACAUUGCGCCGCACUCGACGCCAAGCGGCUCGGUGAGCAGCUCGCAUCUGGCGCCGCCCAGCGCACUGCAGCCCGGCCUGAUGCGCUCUAAGAGCGACCAUCGUCUGGCCACGCAGUUCCGCCAGCAGGAGGAGCGCAGCGGCUACAACGAUGAGCCCGUGCUCGGCGGCCGCAAGUUCGGCGAGCGACCACAGCGCAGCGCCAACAACAACAACAGCAGCAACAACAGCGACAGGUACGGCGACAAUCGCUAUGGACGCUCCGAGUACGAUUACGACAACGAUUACGAGAACGAGCCGGCGGGUCGAGCCGCCAAAUCGUCGCGCUUCCGUUCGCGCUUCGUGCGCUCCCACCAGAACGAGGACUCGGACAGCGAGCAGCAGCAGCAACAGCGCCAGCAGGAGCUCGACAAGCGCAAGGAACGCGUCCUGGACAGCGAGGAUGUGUCGCGCGGCCAGCUGAGCGGCAUCAUACGGCUCAGCGACUGUCAGCGUGUCGUACAGCGCUUGGCGGACAUUGGCAAGGAGAAGAAGGAGAAGAAAUCGGAUGCAGCGGUCGCUGCUCAGGCGGCCGUUCAGGCAGCCAUCCAAACGCAAAAGGCGGCCAUGCAGCGCCAACAGCAGAAGAACCAGCAAACAGCAGCCGCAGCCAUCGACGAGGAUGAGCUGGCGCGCCAGAAGCGCAAGAGUGCAGCAGCAGUUGCAUCAGGUGCAGCCACCUCAACAGCAGCCAGCGGCGACUCCAGCAGCGAGCAGCGGCCCAACACAGAGCGUGUGGCCGCACUUAGGCGUGGCGGCCAGGGCGCCAGCGAGGAGAGCGACAGCAGCAGCAACAAUCAGACGGCGGCAGCGGCGUCAUCUCCAGUGCGUACAGCGACAGCGUCGACAGCGCGAGCCGAGGUAAGUGUGAAUGAGACAAAUGAAGAAGAAGGCGUGGCCGGUGACAACAGUGGCAGCAGCGAAACGGAGAGUGAAGGAAGUGAGAGCGAGGCGGAGGCGGAGGCGGAGGAGGAAGAGCAGCAGCAGCAGCAGUUGGCGCAGGCGCCCGCUGAGGAUCUAGUGGAUAACGAUUCCAGCUCCGAGUAUGAAUACGAGGAGGUGACAGCCAGUGAGAGUGAGGGAGAGCGGGAGGGGGAGAGCGCGCCAGCGCCAGUGAUAAAUGUGGUGCCGCCAGAGACUGAGCUGGCGGACAAGGCGCCAGAGCAUAAGCGCAUUGCUGAGCUAAUUAGCGAUAGGCAUAUGGAGCAAGAUGCAGAAGAGGACGAAGAGGAGGCGACUGAAGAAGAGUUAACCGAGGAGGAAAGCGAGUCCGAGGCAGAGUCCAAACCGGCCGUGUCCGCCCAGGUGGCCGCUGUGAAGAAGACGCAGCGCUCCGGCAGCAGCGACAGCAGCGCCUCCACUGAAAGCUCAGCCAGCUCUGCGGCAGCCGCAGCAGCUGCAGCCAACGCAGCGCCCAGCAGCAGCAGCAGCAAUGCCCAGCCCAAGGCGGCCAGCACAGCGCGGUACUCCACGACGCGUGAGAGCACGGUAACGGCCACGCCCGAGAAGAAGCCCUUUGUGAGCCGCUUCCUGCCGCAGCACAGCAAUCCGAGCAAUGCCAACGGUGCCGCGGACAAGAAGAAGGCCGAGUCGGAGUCGAGCAGCGAGGAGGAGACCAGCUCCGAAUCGGAAUCCGAGUCGGAGGCAGAGAGCAAGCCCAAAACGAGCACCGCGACCAGCAGCAGCAGCGCUGCCAAAUCGACGCCCAGCAGCGCGGCCAGCUCCACAACGGCGGCCCCAUCGGCGGGCAGCUCCUAUCGGGAUCGCUUGGAGGCGAGACGCGCCUCGCGUGACGACACCGCCGCCAUGACGCGCAGCAGCUAUGCCACGCCCAACUCGAGCAGCAGCGGCUACGGCAGCAGCAGCUCGCCGCGCACACGUCCCGUGCCGGCGGCCCAUCACCUGGCCGAGACCGAGGAUCGCUAUGGCAGCGGCAGCGGCAGCAGCAGCAGCUACACAAGCCGCUUUCUAAACAAGAGCAAGAGCAGCGCAAUUGUAACGCAACCCUCGCUAUCCACGCCCACCGCCUCCUUCGAUGAGGACGCCAACGGCACCGGCGACGAUUCGGACAGCCGCUACGGCACCGGCCGUUCCCGCUAUCUGGCCAUGAAGGAGCGGCGCUCCCGUCUGGCGCGCAGCCGCUCCUCGCAUCAGCUUGGCAACGAGGACGACGAUCUGGAUGAGCCCGUGUCGCCGACAACAGUUUCGCCGUCCGCUUACUUGGCCUCAAGGUACAGCGGCUAUGGCAGCAGCGAUCUGGCGCGCAGUCGCUCCUCGCAUGCGCUGAAGUCGCGCGACAAUUCGCCGAUAACGGAUCGGAGCGCCGGCUCGUCACGCAGCGCGCUGGCCAGCUCGGCGGACAACAAGGAUGGCGAGGCGCUCAGCUCGUGGGCGCGCUAUUUGAAGAACAAAUAUGGCAAUAAGAGCUCCAAGGAUGCGCCUAGUGGCAGCAGCGUUGGUAGCGCACGCGACAGCCACGCCUCCAGCUCAACGGGGGCGGGGUCGCAUGCGCACGGCACUGCUGGCAGCCGGAGCACCGCCAGCGAUGUGUCCAGGCGCCUGAGCCUGGGCUUGCCGCUGCGUCAGGCCAAUGAGCUGGCCUCGUCCGACGAUGACGGGUCAAAAAACGGGCUAGGCUCCCCUACGUCCCCUACGGUAGCAGCAGCAGCAGCCGGUAUAACCGGAGUGGCAGGUACUAUCCCUAAACAGGUGUACCUGCGCAAGCGCCAGCAGCUGUUCCAGUUGGGGGGCCGGGGGAGCGAGCCCGGAUCCUUUACAUGGCCGCGCGGCCUAGCCGUCGGCCCCGACAAUAGCAUCGUCGUCGCCGAUUCCAGCAAUCAUCGCGUCCAGGUCUUCGACUCCAAUGGCAUCUUUGUCAAGGAGUUUGGCGAAUACGGCAACGGCGAGGGUGAAUUCGAUUGCCUCGCGGGCGUCGCAGUCAAUCGCAUCGGCCAGUACAUCAUAGCCGAUAGAUACAAUCAUCGUAUACAAGUGCUCGAUCCACAAGGACGGUUCCUGCGCGCCUUCGGCUCGCAGGGCAUCGCAGAUGGCAAAUUCAAUUAUCCUUGGGGCGUAACAACCGAUGCACUCGGCUUCAUUUACGUUUGCGAUAAGGAGAACCACAGAGUGCAGGUUUUCCAAUCCGAUGGUUCCUUCGUUGGUAAAUUCGGUUCCUGCGGCCGCGGCGAGGGCCAACUUGAGCAUCCGCAUUAUAUAGCCGUAUCGAAUACGAAUCGUGUUAUUGUUUCCGAUUCGAAUAACCACAGAAUUCAGAUAUUCGAUGUUAACGGCAAGGUGCUGUCCACUGUGGGCGGCGAGGGCUCCGACGAUGGCCAGUUCAAGUUUCCACGGGGCGUGGCAGUCGAUGAUCAGGGCUAUAUAUUUGUUGCCGAUUCGGGCAAUAAUCGCAUACAGAUUUUCAAUCCGGAUGGCAGUUUUCUGAAGACCUUCGGCUCUUGGGGCUCCGGUGACUCGGAGUUCAAAGGACUCGAGGGCGUGGCCAUCAUGUCGAAUGGCAACAUUUUGGUAUGCGAUCGCGAGAAUCAUCGUGUUCAGGUAUUCUAAGCCACGCCCAAUGCCCUCCGCCCAGGCCGCCAUAGCGCAAACCAGUGCAUUACUUUUUAUGAUGAUUCAGAUUAUUAAUUAAUACGUUCUUUUUAAUUUUUCAUUUAAACAUUUUGAGUUUUGUUUGCCUUAAGACUUUGCUGUACAAAAUUGAGUACCCAAAUUGAAUGUCCACAUUUCUAGGCCUAGAAAUUGCCAAUCAUUUAAGAAAUCAACUCAAACAGAGAAAUAUGAAAGAAAGCAAAAAAAUCGAAAAACUUGUUAGCUUGAUGCAAAAAAAAGAAAAAAAAGAAGUAAUAUAUAUUGAAUAAUAA